AUGAACGGAAGCAAGGCAGAUCUUGAUCCACAGUGGCUCGAGGCCGAGAAACGCUAUGGAGGUCGGGUCACUCUACCUCGUGAAUCGGUGGAGGAAUCUCGAGCACGAUUUCACGCCAUGUUUGCAUUGAUUGAGAAGAAUCUCCCACCCCCCAGCCCGGCCGUGAAGGCACAGGACGUCGUCAUCGCUCCGGGUCAGCGAGUGCGUAUCUUCACGCCCGUUGAGGCAGCUAAGGAAAGCACCAACGCCCUGCCGGUUGGGUUUUAUCCUCACUGCGGCGGAUGGUACGCUGGGUCAGUUGAGAUGGAGGACUUUCUGGCACGCGACGUCGCCGAGAACGCCGGCAUGAUCAUCUUCUCCCCCGACUACAGGUUGGCCCCCGAGCAUCCUUAUCCCGCCGGCCUCAAUGACGUUUGCUUCGCGUACGAGUGGAUGCACAAGAACGCGGCGGCGUACGGCGGAGACCCCCAGAAGAAGUUCAUCAUGGGAGGCUCGGCCGGUGGAAACCUCACUGCCGUCCUCGCGGUCAAAUACGCGGCCGACGCGGACCUCAGCUGCUCAGGUUUCAUUGCUGCUUGUUUCCCGUCGUGCGACCCUUCCGUGCUUCCACCGGAGUAUCAAGGGCGCAAUGACAUUGCUGAUUUUCACUCUGCGCCGAUGCUGGGUAUUGAUACGGUCCUUCAAGCCAGAGAAUGGUACAAUCCGCCUAAAAAGGAUGAUCCUCUCUAUUCGCCUCUCCUCCAUCCCGACAUCAAGCACUUGAAGCAAGCAUACAUUAUCGCCACGUCGGUCGAUCCCACGUACUACGAGACUUUGUUCUUUUACGAGGAGCUCAAGAAAAACGGUGUCGACGUCGAGCUGGGCCACUAUGUGGGAUGGCCUCACUAUUUCUGGAUUGACCCUUCACUGCCAAAAUCGAAAGAGUUUAUGGAAAAAUGGAACUCGAAGCUUCGUGAAAUGGUUGCAGCUGCUUGA